UGUAUGCUGCAUUUUAUAACGGCGUUAUUAGCUAUAGUUUGCUAUAUAUAGACUCUAAGUCCCCUACUCUCUUUAUUCAAAGUUGCCAGUUUCUACUUCUACCUAAGCAACUUUCUCUCCCUCUCUCACUGCAAGUUCAAGUUUUUAAUGGUGGCGUGAGGCAGAAGUUUGGUAUAUUGGUUUUCUUUUGAUCUCACACUGUUUCUCUCGAAAUGGGCAAGAAAGAACAGUAUCAACAACAACAACGGCAGAAAGAUCACAGGGACAAUGAUAGAGUUGAAGCUGUUCUCAAGCUUCUAAGAAAACAAGCUACACUCACUGUUAAACAGGAGAAGUUCUGCAACAAUGCUUGUGUAGAGAGGUUUCUAAGAGCAAAAGGUGAUAGUGUGAAGAAAGCUGCUAAGCACUUAAGGGCUUGCCUUUCUUGGAGAGAGAGUACAGGCACUGAGAAUUUGAUAGCAGAUGAGUUCUCAGCUGAGCUCGCUGAAGGAGUUGCUUAUGUUGCUGGUCAUGAUGAAGAAUCCAGACCUGUUAUGAUUUUUCGUAUUAAACAAGAUUACCAAAAGCUCCAUUCACAAAAACUGUUCGCUCGGUUGCUGGUGUUUACACUGGAGGUGGCAAUAGGGACCAUGCCUAAAAACGCUGAACAAUUUGUUCUCCUCUUCGACGCAAGCUUUUUCAGGUCAGCAUCGGCUUUUAUGAAUUUAUUGCUUGGAACGCUGAAAAUCGUGGCUGAGUACUACCCAGGCAGGCUUUACAAGGCUUUCGUAAUCGACCCACCUUCUCUCUUCUCUUGUUUAUGGAAGGGUGUCCGUCCAUUUGUUGAGCUAUCAACGGCCACGGUGGUGGUAUCCUCACUAGACUUCGAAGAAUCACUGGAGUUCAAUGACUUCUCCUCCUACCCACGUGCCUCCUCCCUCCGAUUUGAUCCUUCCUCUAUCAACUCAACGGCCAAGAUUGGAUCAUGCUCUUCAUCCAGAUUUUCCUUCACCGUGUCCCACCAUUUUGACUCGCUCAAGCCUUGGCACUUAUCUUUGACCGACACGUCGUCAUCUAAAGUAGGACCAACCAGCCUCUCUCAUCUAGGCCCUGCCCUAGUCUCUCCCCUCAACGCUAGGUCCUACUCUUUUGCAUCACCAGUUGCCAGAGCCCCACGUGGCAGCAUCAACGGUUGCAGCUACACCAGGCCAACCAGGAAAAGUCUGUUCCCAUCAACCCCUUUGCCACAGCGUGUCACCGAAGGUGACCCUAUCAAGAUCUCUCUCCCGCGGACCCCACGCCCCUCGUUCCUCCAAUCACCUGCCUUGUUUUUCAAGAAGGAGUGCCACGUCAGUAAGGCAGAGAGGUCUCGAGAAUCGUUCGUACCGUUUUUUAAGUUUUAUAGAAGGCCGUACGAUGAGAUGAUUUAUAGGUCAAAAAUGCGGCCCCCACUUGGUGGACUAAUAUCCAUUGUCUCCCCUCACAUCAGACGGCGCCACGUCUCAGUAUCUCAACGGUUCUAACACCCAGAAAAAAGAAAAACAAGAAGAAAGAGAGAGUACACAGGCCUCCUCCCACCUGCUGCUCUUGCAUUUAACUAAUGUGUCGAAAUGUCAAUGGAAAAUGACACUAGUACAAAUAAUUUGAUGAAUUAUUUUUUUCUAAGUUAAUUAUGGCGCAUUGAUUGACCCAAGUAAAAAGGAGAGACGACGUGCGAGGUGGGAUAUCAAAUCCUGUGCACCAUCUCUAAUCUUGAGCUCAUCUCUUUGACCUCGCCAGCAAAUUCUAUACAUCACAAAGUCUUGGGUUCUGGGAUGGUUAGGCAUGGGAAGGAGGCUGCGUGGUUGAAACGGUGAACAUUUUUGCAUUGGAAAUCAUAUGUCUAGAUGGUGAAGUCUAGCAAGCGCAGAAGAUAGAAAUAUAUAUAUUGUACCAAGAAACCACGUAAGCGUUGAAAAAAGUCUGUCAAGUUAAAUUCAAAACUUAUAUGUAUAAUAUAUUUUUUUUUAUUUUGCGAAGUUUUGUGGAGAAUCAAGGGAUUGUUUUUGGGUUGGACUUUGUUUAGAACUUUCAUCAUGCGUUCUUCUACUUGUAAUUUUGUAAUAGUUAUCCAGUUUGUAUUAUGAUCGGUUUCAACGAUGGCAGAGUUGGUGGUAGGAAUAUGUGUCGUGUUUUGCUGUUUGAGAAGUCAAAAUGGAGCUUCCGUUUCAUGUAAACAGAAGUAACAGCGCGUGUAUUGGGAAUUGAACUUAAAUUUGGCAAAUAUACAUGUUAUGUUUUGGGA